GAGAAUUUCCGCGCAGAUCUCGAACCCCCCACCUUUCUCUUUCUCUCUCUCUAAAACUCGAGAGAACUCACCGAGUCACCGUCCGGUGGUGGUUUCCGACGACGCAACGACACCGUUUCGAUGGGCGUCCCCGCGUUUUACCGCUGGCUGGCGGAUCGGUACCCGCUCUCGAUCGUCGACGUGGUGGAGGAACACCCCAGGGAGGACCCGAACGGCGUGCCGAGACCAAUCGACGUCUCGAGGCCAAACCCUAACGGCUACGAGUUCGAUAACCUUUACCUCGACAUGAACGGCAUUAUACAUCCCUGUUUUCAUCCCGACGGCCGACCUGCCCCUGCUACUUAUCAGGACGUAUUCAAGUCAAUAUUUGACUACAUUGAUCAUCUCUUCACGCUGGUGCGCCCAAGAAAGCUUCUUUUUAUGGCGAUUGAUGGAGUAGCACCAAGAGCUAAAAUGAAUCAGCAACGCUCUCGACGUUUCAGAGCUGCAAAAGAUGCGGCUGAGGCGGAAGCUGAAGAGGAAAGACUAAAGAAAGAAUUUGAGAUGGAGGGGACAUCAUUGGUUUCUAAAGAGAAACCUGAAACUUCAGAUUCAAAUGUUAUUACUCCAGGCACUCAAUUUAUGGCGGUGCUCUCAGUAGCACUUCAAUAUUAUAUACAAUUUAAAUUGAACAACGACCGUGGUUGGCGGUCUACAAAGGUUAUUCUUUCUGAUGCCAACGUUCCUGGUGAGGGAGAGCACAAAAUAAUGUCAUACAUACGAUCGCAACGCAAUCUUUUGGGUUCUGAUCCUAACACCCGGCAUUGUCUUUAUGGUCUGGAUGCAGAUCUAAUUAUGCUUGCUUUAGCUACACAUGAGGUUCACUUCUCAAUAUUAAGAGAGGUGAUUACUCUUCCAGGUCAACAGGAAAAAUGUUUUCUUUGUGGACAAGUUGGUCAUCUGGCAGCUGAAUGUCGUGGUGGAGAUGAUGGUGCGGCCGAUGAAACUCCAGUUCACAAGAAGAAAUAUCAGUUCCUCAAAAUCUGGGUGUUGCGUGAAUAUUUGGAAUACGAGCUGGACAUACCCAAUCCUCCUUUUCAGCUUAAUUUUGAAAGGAUAGUGGAUGAUUUUGUGUUUAUGUGCUUUUUUGUUGGCAAUGAUUUUCUUCCACAUAUGCCAACAUUGGAGAUCAGAGAGGGUGCAAUUAAUUUAUUGAUGCAUAUUUAUAGAAGAGAAUUUUCUGCUAUGGGUGGCUAUCUCACGGAUGCGGGUGAGGUAUUGUUAGAUAGAGUAGAGCAUUUUAUCCAGUCUGUUGCUGUCUAUGAGCGCCAAAUUUUUCAAAAGCGGGCUCGAAUUCAGCAGGCUUUUGAGAAUAAUGAAGAGAGACAGAGAAAUAGAAGAGAGGCUUGUGAAGAGCUACCGGCUCCAGUGGUAGAAAAGGUGGUGGACAAGGUUAAAUUGGGGGAGCCGGGAUAUACAGAAAGGUAUUAUGCUGAGAAGUUUCAAGUAUCAAAGCCAGAGGAGAUUGAAAAAGUUAAAAAAGACUUGGUUCUAAAAUAUGUAGAAGGCUUAUGUUGGGUCUGCCGAUAUUACUACCAAGGGGUCUGCUCAUGGCAAUGGUAUUAUCCAUACCAUUAUGCUCCUUUUGCUUCUGAUCUAAAAGAUCUAGAUGAGUUGGAAAUAACAUUUUUCUUGGGAGAGCCAUUUAAACCCUUUGAUCAGCUCAUGGGAACCUUACCAUCUGCAAGUUGUAGUGCUCUUCCAGAAAAAUACAGAAAUUUGAUGACUGAUCCGUCAUCUCCCAUUUGUGAUUUCUACCCAUCUGAUUUUGAGAUUGACAUGAAUGGCAAGCGCUUUGCGUGGCAGGGCAUUGCCAAAUUGCCAUUCAUUGAUGAGAAGAAAUUGCUUGCUCAGACAAGGAAGCUUGAAAGCACUUUAACGGAGGAAGAGAAAGCUCGAAAUAGCGUGAUGCUUGAUUUGCUUUAUGUCUAUCCUUCUCAUCCUUUGGCGCCGGAUAUUAUUUUGUACUACCAUUUAUAUUAUCAGAGUCCCCCACAUGAAAGAUUUUUAUAUCCGAUAAAUACUAAUCUUAGUGGUGGAAUGAAUGGAUUCCUUUGGUUAUCUGAGAGGAAUGGCUUUAGAAACGUAAUCCCUUCCCCUGUGCAUGGUUUUCCCAACAUAGACUAUAACCAAGUCUUAAAUGUUACAUAUCUUAGCCCUGCAGCUCAAAAACACAUCUCAGAACCUGCCAAGGGUGUGAUCAUGCCCAGAAAGGUUGUAAAACCUAUGGAUAUCAAACCUCCCCCUGCGUUAUGGCAUGAAGACAAUGGUCCCCGACGCUACCAAAACAGAGAUAGGCCACAAAUACCUGGAGCAAUUGCUGGAACUGUGUUGGGAGAAGCAGCUCAUCGACUUGUCAAGAACACACUAAAUCUUAGACCUAGUAAUCCAUCCUCUGGAUUUUGGGAUCAAUCGCAGCCUUUACGAACUUCUUCUGGAAACUACAUCGGCAACUAUCCCGUCAACAGACCAAGACCAGCUGGGCCAUCUGGGUAUGAAAGGGGUUUCCGUGAAGAACCAAAUUAUGGAAAUUCCUUUAAUCCUCAGGGCAUCAUGGCUAGGCCCAGAGCUCCUUACUCAAAUGGUGUGCAGGGUGACAGACAGAGUUUUAGGACACAAGAAAGAACACAGUAUCAAGAGCAGAGUUUUAGAGGACAAGAAAGAAUACAAUAUCAAGAACAGUACCGCAACAUGAGAACUGGGAUGUCUAGUUUAACAAUGGAAGGAAGUGUGAGAACCAGGUCUCCUGUAGUGGCGCAACCAGGGAUGCCAAAUUCAGGAUAUCCCACAAACCCACAUCAGCAGUUUGUGCAGAAUAUGGGCGCUCUUCCAGCGCCACCUACAAAGUGGAUCAACAAAGAAUCGAGUGCCAAUGGUGGGAUUUAUGGUAGGCAUCAGGAAACCGGAUAUGGCGGACCAUAUGAGCAGCAGGUGAAAAAGGUCUAUCAGGUAAAGACACGUCCUCCUCAGGACUUGUCAAACUCUGGAAACCAGGAGUGAUUCUUCUGGAUUUUGUAUCAGAGGGGCCCCACGUCCCGCGGACAGCAAACCUUGCCAUUUACUUACCAUAUCUAACCUUGUGAUUGGGGGUACCAAGACUAACAUCAAUGGCAUGGUAGAAAGCACACGCAUGGCAAUAAUAGGUUGAUGUUCUGUUUCUGAUGCCAAAGUGAUUCGGCUUUGAGUAAUCUGUCCUUGUCAUUACUGAAACCACACAAGGUUGGUUUUGUUACAUACUAGAAUUCUCACACAGCUUGUACUAACAAGAUAUGGCAGCCAUUAGCUAUUUAAUGGAUAGUCUGUAGAAGAUGCAUAUAUAGUCAGCUGUUUGUUACUAUAGGAGAACAUGGGAAGGUCCGAAGGUGCAUGCAUAAUCAGCAGUAGGACUGAUAUAGCAAGGCAUAGGGUGUUAGUCUUGUGUAAUAUUCUCUCUUUAGUGUCGUGUUGUACAUCGAGACUUAUUUUCAUUAAUGGAAUCAGAUUUUGCGUUUUUGUUC